AUGCGACCAACAAACCUCCUCCAUCGCGCAAUUCGUCGCCUCCAGCUAACCACGAAGCAAGUGAACGGCGGCUAUUACAAGGGCACGCGCUCAGGGGCAAUGGGCCGACACACCAAGCACGGGCAGUUCGUUAUCGACUGGGAUAAAGUUAGGACUUAUGUUGUUCCUGACUUGAAGGGUUUUCUGGCUUGUUCUUCCCUUCCUUCCUUCCUUCCUUCCUUCCGGGCGGAUGCAGCCAGGGCUAACUUUUUGAGGGGGGGACGGGUCGUGGUUAGUUGACGCCAUUCGUUACUAAAAAGAUGGAGCCUACACGUGGGGAGUUUCCGGGGAGUAGUCCGCUGGAUGGGAAGGCUUAUUUGGAGAAUUGGAAGAGAGUCAAUGGGGAGGAU